AGGUGCUAUACAAAUACAGGACCUCUACCAUUUAAAUAGUAACUUUAAAUUUGAGCGUGUGAUUGUUUGUCUCAUUGUCCCUGUGAUGGACUGAAGACCUGUCCAGGGUCCCCCCGCCUUUCGAUCACCACUGGUGUUCAGCACCUGUUCCCCAUGGCAUUAGUGAGAAAAGCUAUUUAAAAAGAACGACUCAAUCUCUACUUUUUGAUUUUUUUGACACAUGAAAACUUUACGUUAGCUGGUCGCUGACACGCUAAAGCACACCGUUACUGGACUAAACUUCACCUUCUCUACUGAGAAAAGUGCAAAGUUCAACAGGACUCCGUAAUAAAACAAAGUGCAUGAGACACAAACUGGUUCUGAGAUGUUUCAGAGAUGUGUCAGAUGGGUGGAACAUGAAAGGCGAAGCACUCGCUGACUAGCGUGAGAUGACUGGUGUAAACAAGUGAAAAGUGGCAAGCGUUCAGGGUGACUUCCUGGAACCCGUUGAACCUGACGUCACUCAGCACUCCAUGACCGAGACUCAGACCCGGUUACCCUGCCAUUAUGAAGUGAAGGAGGGGGAGCAGGUGGUGCAGGUCACCUGGAACAAGAUACUCCCAAACGGGGACAAAGACCUAAUCAUCAUGGCCCAUUUUACAGACGGACUCACAGCGUUUGGGCGUUACUCCGGCCGGGUGAAGUUUGAAAACAACGUCCCCACACGGAACUCUGCCCUCCUCAUUCUCAAGACGGAGGUGUCGGAUGAAGGCAGCUACAACUGCAAAAUCUCCACCUUCCCUAGAGGAAACUUUGAGAGGAACAUCAACCUUGAAGUCUGGAGUGCUCCCAUCUCUGAGGUGGUUCCUGAAACUCUGGUGGAGGAUCAGCCACACGGUCUUGUGGCCACCUGUCGAGCCACUGGGCGCCCCGCCCCCAUACUGUCCUGGGACACCGACCUGCAGGGUGAAUCCCAGUUCCUUGUUAGCGGAAGCGGAACCGUGUCCAGCCAGUUCUCGCUCAAGCCGCUGCGCAGCAUGAACGGGAAAAAGCUGGACUGCUUGGUGUCACACCCAAGUCUGGAGAAACCUCGCAGGAUCUCCCAUAACCUGGUGGUUCAGUACCCCCCAGAUCCCUCCAUCUCCUCUCCAUUCGUACUCUGGCAAUCUGGUAUGGAGAAAGCUGAGCUCAUGUGUGAAGACAAGGGAAACCCUGAACCUCUGAGCAUCACCUGGAAAAGGAAAGGAGGAGAACUGCCCGAUGGUGUGUCUAUGACAGGAAAGAAACUUACCUUUGACCGGGCCCUUCGCUUGAAUGACAGCGGGGCCUAUGAGUGUGAGGUCACGAACGCUGUGGGAACACGAAAAACGACCUACGUAAUAUCAGUAAUAACAGAAACAGGAACUCCUGACAACAUGCUGGUGAUCAUUAUUGGUGCUGCAGCCGGAGCGGCGGUCUUGAUGUUGAUCGUUGUGGUUCUGCUCGUCAGACGGCACCACAGGAAAACAACCAAAAGGCUUCAGUGUGAACUCAAAGAAAAAACGGAUGAAAUUAACAACCUCUCAAGACAGAGCUCUUUCAGGCGACUGUACUCCUACAGCUCCAACACCAGAAUGCCGGAUGAAGAAAGCGACUCCUUAAGAAUAAGCAACCGAAAUGGAAACAUUCGUGUGUCUUCGAGAAAUUUCUCCAAGAAAGGCAGCAUGCCCAUUCUGGACGACGACAUUGAGCGGGAUAAUUUAGGACGUCCCAUCAUUGGGCUGGACGAGGGGGAGAGCGUGGCAUCAGAAGAUAUGGGUUCAGAGAUGGACUACCACAGGAGGAAGAUAGAAGCACACAGAAUGAAUGCCUAUGGAAUAGAGACGGUCUUGAAGGAAAGCAACGCAUCGGUGGAUUCUGGUCAUCCGGCUUCUCUGGAUCCUCCGAAGGCCCAGCAGGAUGACCACAUCGGCCCCAGAGGGUUGGACCUGGGGCACAUGGUGGGGGGAGACUCACCUUACCUUGGAGAAAGAUAUGGGAAUGGCAACGUCCAGAUCUCCAAGUGUAUGAGCGACCAUUUUUACUACAGCAAUGGUUCCCUCAGGCCAAAGCCCCACAAUGGCAUCCUGAUGUCCCCCAAACCCACAAUUAUCUAAAGCUCAGACUCUCAUCCAGAACUAGAGAAGCCCGUCUGCAUCCCUGCAACGAUGGAGGACUUAUUCUUAUUAGUUUAGAAGCGAAUGCAUGACUUUGAGGCUGUUUCAUGCACUCUGUCAAAAGGGAACAGUUGUUAGAGGAUAAUAACCCUGAGGAAUGGCUCCUUCAUCAUGUUACAGUAAUAAAUGUUUAUUUGGGACACAGUAAGCGCUUACUUUCUCAGAGACUGUACAAAAAUAACUGCCAAUGUUUUCACUCUUUUUUUGGGGAAAUUCUAAACGGUCAUUCAGAAACCAGAGUGAUCUGAAUAAUUUUGGGGUCUUUUUAAAAAUUGUUUUUGUCAAUUUGUUACAAGGAGAGAGAGAGAAUGCAAUAAAACUGGAGGAAAGAAAGAAGAAAACUGCUAAAAUUCAGUCAGGAUUCACUGAAGGGAAGUUAUACCAACUGUGUCCAACCCAUCUAGCAUAUUUUAGUUUUUUACCGGCCCCAGCACCUGAUUUGAUUGUUGAAUCAGCUGUUCAGCAGGUAAUCAAGCUCUGCAGAAACCUGUUAAUCACCUAUUCGUUAAAUGUGUUGAAGCACUGGCAUCACCGGUCCCUCCGAGCACCACCAGCAGGCAAGGUGGGUGAAGUCUUUGCCCAAGGACACAACAGCAGCAGUCUCUGCUGGGAGCUGGGAUUGGUCAGACAACACUCUGAUUACUCUAUAAGCUGGACAGAGACCCUAAAGCACCAGGGCUAGGGACCACUGCUUCAAGUAAUGCAAAAAACAAGCAAAGAUGCUAAUUUUUCCUCCAGAGACCGUUGUAACAAGUUUUGCAGUUACUCUCUUCACCUCAGUGGUCAUAAUGUUAUGGCAUGUUGGUGGUAAUAUACUAUGCUUACUUUUUUGCCCUCAACAACUACCUUCCACUGCCAAAAGGUCAAAAGGAAAAACAUAAAUGUUUUUUUACCUGAUGGAAAAACUGGACCAACUGUGAAUAUUUUUGUAUAAAAGCACUGUCAGGUGGAAUAUAAUCAUGUAAAUUGUUUUUUCUUCUGUGAAACUUGUAAAUACUGAAACCUUGAAAAUACAACAUUGAUGCUGAAGUGA